AUGCUCUGUCGCCAACUGCUGCGCCGAGCCUCGAUACCGCGCCCGCGCCUCGUCCAGAUGGCCGCCCUACACGCCAAGUCCGCGCCCUCACCGGGCGGCGGCGCCUCCAUAAACGACAUCCCCAAGUCCUGGAACUUCACCUCCAAGCUGCCGCCCGACUCGACCUUCCCAACACCCGCCGAUUCGCACAAGACGCCGCGCGACAAGAUCGGCCCGCGACAAGUCCGCGAUGCCCUUUUUACCUGGGUGCGGCCCGAGACUGUCGAGAACCCCGAGCUCCUGGCCGUCUCGCCCGCCGCGCUCCGCGACCUCGGUAUCGAAGCCUCUGAUACCAAGAACCCGGACUUCAUAGCUACGCUAGCAGGGAACAAGAUCCAGGGCUGGGAAGACGGCGCCAGUAGCAAAGAAGUAGACGGUGCGGAUGGAAACAAAUCAGAUGCCGGCUACCCCUGGGCGCAGCUGUAUGGCGGGUUCCAGUUCGGGCAGUGGGCGGGCCAGCUGGGCGACGGACGAGCCAUCAGCUUGUUCGAGACGACGAACCAGGCCGGCGUCCGAUACGAGCUGCAGUUGAAGGGUGCCGGCCUGACGCCGUACUCGCGCUUCGCCGACGGCAAGGCCGUGCUGCGGUCCAGCAUCCGCGAGUUCAUCGUCAGCGAGUACCUGAACGCGCUCGGCAUCCCCAGCACCCGCGCCCUCGGCCUGGUCCUCACCCCCGAGGUCAAGGUGCGGCGCGAGACCAUGGAGCCCGGCGCCAUCGUCAGCCGCUUCGCCCAGAGCUGGCUGCGCAUCGGCAACUUUGACAUCCUGCGCGCCCGCGGCGAGCGGGACAUGAUCCGCAAGCUGGCGACGUACGUGGCAGAGGACGUGCUCGGGGGCUGGGAGGCGCUUCCCGCGCGGCUCGAGGACCCGGACAAGCCCACGAGCUCACCGGAGCCCGGCCGCAGCGUGGCGCGGGACGAAUUGCAGGGCCCGGACGAGAGCGCGGAGAACCGCUUCGCGCGGCUGUACCGCGAGAUCGUGCGGCGCAACGCCCUGACGGUAGCGCGGUGGCAGGCGUACGGGUUCAUGAACGGCGUGCUCAACACGGACAACACGUCGCUGUUCGGGCUGUCGAUCGACUUCGGGCCCUUCGCCUUCAUGGACAACUUUGACCCCGCCUACACGCCCAACCACGACGACUACAUGCUGCGCUACAGCUACCGCAACCAGCCGUCCAUCAUCUGGUGGAACCUGGUGCGGCUGGGCGAGUCGCUGGGCGAGCUGCUCGGGGCCGGCGCCCGCGUCGACGACCCCAAGUUCGUCGAGGACGGCGUCCAGGAGGCCGAGGCCGACGGCAUCAUCGCCCGCGCCGAGAAGGUCAUCCUGCAGGCCGGCGAGGAGUACAAGGCCGUGUUCCUGGCCGAGUACAAGCGGCUGAUGGGCGCGCGCCUCGGACUGCGCACCUCGCGCGAGUCCGACUUCGACGACCUGUUCAGCUCGCUGCUCGACACCAUGGAGGCGCUCGAGCUCGACUUCAACCUCUUCUUCCGCCGGCUCGGCGGCCUUCGCACUGCCCACCUCGACACCCAGGAGGCCCGCGAGGUCAAGGCCGGGCUGUUCUUCCCCAAGAACGACGGCACCAACGCCGGCGCCCCGACGCCGCGGGAGGACGAGGAGGCGCGCAAGCGCGUGGGCGAGUGGCUCGGCAAGUGGCGGACGCGGGUCGUCGAGGACUGGGGCGAGGCGGAGGCAGCGGACGAGGAGCGCCGCGCGGCCAUGCGCGCCGUCAACCCGAGCUUCGUGCCGCGCGGCUGGGUCCUGGACGAGAUCAUCCGGCGCGUCGAGAAGGACGGCGAGCGCGAGGUGCUGGGCCGCGCCAUGCGCAUGGCGCUGCACCCGUUCGAGGACGGGUGGGACGGGCGGACAAUCGCCGGCGAGGAGGGCGGCGAGCCCUGGAAGGGUGACAAGGAGGAGGAGGCUCGCUGGGUCGCUGAGGUGCCCAGGUUCCAGAGGGCCAUGCAGUGCAGCUGCAGCUCGUGA